CUGCCACCGAUCCCCUCAUGGAUUCUUCGAUUUGUAUUCUCCCUCCUCAUUGGCCAACCUCAUCGCAGGCUAUCCCCUCUUCAGUCUACCAUGAAUGCUGCUGCCAGACUCAUCCACCUUACUAUCCAUUCUGUAUCUGCCACCCCCCUCUGCCAAUCCCUCCACUGGCCUCCACUCAGUGUCCUCCACCCCUCUCUGCCAAUCCCUCCACUGGCCUCCACUCAGUGUCCUCCACCCCUCUCUGCCAAUCCCUCCACUGGCCUCCACUCAGUGUCCUCCACCCCUCUCUGCCAAUCCCUCCACUCAGUGUCCUCCACCCCUCUCUGCCAAUCCCUCCACUGGCCUCCACUCAGUGUCCUCCACCCCUCUCUGCCAAUCCCUCCACCCAGUGUCCUCCACCCCUCUCUGCCAAUCCCUCCACCGACCUCCACUCAGUGUCCUCCACCCCUCUCUGCCAAUCCCUCCACUGGCCUCCACCCCUCUCUGCCAAUCCC